AUGUCGGCUGUCACCCAUUCCCUUACGGCAGACGACGCCAAGUUCCGGGACGACAAGCCCGAGGUUGAACAUCGCGAAGGUGAUGCGACCGACAGCUCGCCUGAACCGGCCUCCUUUCUCGACAUGGAGUAUGACAACGACGACCAGGAGCCCGAGCUCCAUGCUCGCACAUACGUGGCACUCGCCGCCUUGUUUGUCCUCAAUUAUGUCCAAGUUUUUGCCUUGAACGGCCCGCCGUCCGUGCUUAGCUACAUCGGUACAGACCUCAACGCUACUGCCCAGCAGCAGUGGGUCCCUAAUGCCCUCUCCCUCGUGCAGGCGGUUGGAGGUCCCGUAAUUGCUUUCGCUUCAGACACAUUCCAGGCUCGCAAGAUCAUUUUGAUUGUCUCUUGCUUGUUCUCCCUCGUCGGCGCCGCCAUUGCACCGGGAGCAAAGGACAUCUACCGCCUCAUUGUAAGCCAAAUCCUCAUCGGUAUUGGGUUUGCAGCUGCUCCCCUGGCAUUUGCCAUUCCCUCCGAGAUUUUGCCCCGCAAAUGGAGACCACUCGCCCAGUCGCUUGCAAACGUCGCUGGCAGUCUCGGCUCCUUGUGUGCGCCUCUGAUUACUGGUGCCUUGACCAAGAAGUCGGAACACAACGGCUGGAGGAACUUCUACUGGAUCCAAACGGCCAUGUGGGGUGCCACGGUGAUUUGCCUUUUGGUCGGCUAUCGCCCUCCGAAACGCCACUCGUUCCUCGACAACCUCACGAUGAAGCAAAAGAUUAGCCGCCUUGAUCUCCCUGGCAUGUUCCUCCUUACGUGUGCUCUCACACUGCUUCUGGCAGGUCUCAGUCUUGGCGGCAACCCCUGGCCUUGGGGCGAUUACCGCGUUUUGGUUCCACUCGUGCUUGGUAUUGUCUUCCUCGUUGUCUUUGCUGUCUACGAAUGGAAGGGUACCAGCACCGGUAUUCUCCACCACCAGCUGUUCAAGAGGCGCACUUUCGCCGUUUGCAUCGUUCUCAUCUUCAUCGAAGGAAUCCUUUUGUUCUCGGUGAUGAUCUUUUAUCCCCAGUUGACAACGAUCUUCACGACAGACCCAUUCAUUUCCAGUCUGCGCCAGAUGCCUUACUGGGUCGCGGCCAGUGUCUGCACUGUCAUUUAUGGAUUCUGGAGUUCAAAGCGUCGUACCGUCCGCAGUCCCGUCAUUGUCGGCUUUGCCCUUUUGACUGCCGGUGUUGCUGGCCUGGCAACUGUUCAGCCGUUGCAAUCCACCAAUGCCAUCAUCUUUAGCGGAUUGGCUGGUAUCGGUUUUGCUGGUCCUCUGAUUCUCCUGAUCGCCGCGGUCCAGCUCUCGGUUCCGCACCACCUGAUUGCGACCGCCACCGCCGUCCUCACUUCGAGCCGCGCGGUGGCGGCGUCGGUCUUCACAGCCAUCUUUGGUGCGGCAGUCUCAUCCGAGAUGCCCGUCAAGCUCCCGGCGUACACCGCCGCGGCCGCCAUCAAGGCUGGUCUGGAUCCCCAAUACGUCUCGCAGUUCGUUGGCGACAUGUUGGGCGGUGACACAUCGGCCCUUCAGUCCAUCCCCGGCAUCACCCUGACAAUCAUUGAAGCAGGCAAGGCCGCGGUUCUGCAGGCCAACGCCGACAGCUUCCGCUAUGUCUUCAUCAUUGCCGCUCCAUUUGGAGCCGCUGCCUGUCUGAUCAGUUGGUUUAUCGGCGACCUGUCCGAUGUCAUGAAUUACCACGUCGACGCGCCGGUCGAGGAGCUUCACGCCAGGGAGAAGCACGAACACCACAGCACCAAUGCUUAA